UACCACAUCGAUCUCCAUAAAAAAUCGCGACCCACGACCUUAUUUUCUUUAGUUUUAUAGUUUCUUUCAAAGCUUGGCGAAGCCCCCACGUUUCGCCCAUUUUCUUCUCUUGGGUCCAAAGCGUUCUUGUUGAAAAAACCCUCUAAACCCAAAAUCUAAUCGCUCUUGACUUUUUUUUUUUCUGCACCCCCUUCUGGAUUUCUGGGCUUUCUUCGGUUUCUUACACGUUUAUUUCUACUGCAUUCUGUGAAAUGACAAGCUGCUAAGGGAUCAAGAAACCGAAACCGAUGAUUGGGAGGAAAACUUCACCAGCUCUUCUGGUGCUUUUUGCGCUUGGGUUUCUUUUUGCUACUUAUAACUUGCUUACCAUGACCAUUCACAAUAAAGCUUCCAAAGGGAGUUGGGUUUCAGAUGGGUUUGAUCCAGUUCUUCGAUUGCCGGGCAGGGCAGGGAAAACCAAUUCAAAAUACCAUGUGGCUGUCACUGCAACUGAUGCUCCUUACAGUCAAUGGCAGUGCCGGAUCAUGUAUUAUUGGUAUAAGAAAGUGAAGGAUAUGCCUGGAUCUGACAUGGGAAACUUCACUCGAGUUUUGCAUUCAGGAAGGCCAGAUAAUUUAAUGAAGGAGAUUUCUACUUUUAUUGUUGAUCCUUUGCCAGAGGGAUUGGAUCGGGGUUAUGUUGUUCUAAACCGACCUUGGGCUUUUGUGCAAUGGCUGGAGAAAGCAAGCAUUGAAGAAGAAUAUAUACUAAUGGCAGAACCCGAUCACAUAUUCGUGAAUCCUUUACCCAACUUGGCGCAUGGAAAGAAUCCUGCUGGAUUUCCGUUCUUCUACAUAAAGCCAGAGGAUCAUGAGAAGAUCAUCAGGGCAUUCUAUCCUGAGGAGAGUGGUCCAGUGACCAACAUUGAUCCAAUUGGAAAUUCUCCAGUAAUCAUUGAAAAGACACUGCUGGAGGAGAUCGCACCGACAUGGGUGAACAUAUCCUUGAGAAUGAAAGACGAUCCCGCUACUGAUAAGGCAUUUGGUUGGGUGCUCGAGAUGUAUGCUUAUGCUGUAGCCUCUGCAUUGCACGGUGUGCGGCAUACUCUCCGCAAAGAUUUCAUGCUGCAGCCUCCAUGGGAUUUGGAAGUCGGUAGGAAAUUCAUCAUCCACUAUACCUAUGGAUGUGACUACAAUAUGAAGGGUGAACUGACAUAUGGCAAGAUUGGGGAGUGGCGCUUUGACAAGAGAUCGUAUCUCAGUAGUCCUCCACCAAGAAAUCUUUCCUUACCUCCUCCCGGAGUUCCCGAAAGUGUAGUAAGGCUUGUAAAGAUGGUAAAUGAGGCAACUGCAAAUAUACCUGGUUGGGGCACAUAAUAAACUGCAAAAUCAUGGUGGGCUUGUGUGAUGGAAGUCAUCAAAAUACCAAUCAACUUGAGAAGAGAAAAAACAGUAUAGAGAGAGAGAGAGAGAGAGAGAGAGAGAGAGAGAGAGAGAGAGAGAGAUUGUAAUGUGUGAAAAUAAAGAGUUUUUCUUUUUCUUUUGAGAUAAACUAAAUAUACCAUUAAAUUUUUUUGCACAGUAUAUUAGAUUAUACAAAGUCUUCUCUUCUUUA